AGUGGGCCAAAAAGAAAAGGAUCAAGUUGGUUCUGGAUCCUGAAUAUGAGAGCAGCUCCACUGGAGAGGACAGUGCUCCCGAAAGCCAGAGGAAUCGUCUCAGCAACCCCAAUAUUCCCACCAACGGCAACAGCAAUAUCUACAUAGCCCAAAAUGGGUCAGUGAUCAGGACACGUCGAAGUUGCCUUUCGAACAAUUUGAAAGUCGCCUCUCCCGCCAGACUGGGAAAACAAUUCAAGAAGCUCGAUAAGUUGGGAGUAACACACGAGGAAAACAUCCCACUGAACACAUUUACCGCCGGGGCAAAAUCUAACGAUAAACUGAACCCCAGGCCCUGUAGUGUUUCCUUUGCUGCCUCCUCGGCUUUAGACCCUGACAGCAUAGCAAUCAAAGCGGCGGGGAGCAGAUUGAAAAGCACAGACCAGCAAGAGUCCAUCGUCGAUAACGAAGGCGUCAAAGAGACUUUGGACUUGCCGAGCGAUCACGCACAGUCGGAAGACGAGGAACUCUGGAUGGGCCCUUGGAACAACCUUCACAUACCAAUGACAAAACUGUGACCUCUUUUUUUCCGUUUUGAUUUUUAUCCCUGCCUCCCCCAUUUAUAAUAAUGAUAAUGAUAACAAUA